AUGCGGUUUGAAACUUUCAAAGAAGCAAAGGACUUCUACAACGUCUAUGCAAAGCACGCAGGUUUUGCUGUCAGGGAAGGUUCUAAGGUUAAUAUCACAGUCUACCUUUGUUGUACGUGCUAUGGAGUCUAUGAAUUAAAGAUUUCAAAUGCAAAGAGACAGAGGAACAAGACCACUGCCAGGACUAACUACAAGGCUAAAAUGAGGAUGAAGAAGGAAAAGGAUGGAACACUUGUCGUAAAGGAGAUAUGCUGGGAACACAACCACAGGCUAGUGGAAAGCAAAAAAAAUUCAAGGAUGGGUGAUGUGGACGAUGUCCUAAAGACUAUCAUCUUCUUUAGGGAGAUGAAAGAGAUAAACAAGGAAUUCUUCUGCGACUUACAACUUGAUGAGUCCGACAGAGUGAAGAACAUAUUCUGGGAGAACACUACAUUCUUUGCUUUUGCCCUAAUAAGAGAUGAGGAUGCAGAUUCAUUCAGGUGGAUGUUCAAAACAUUUUUAAGGUGCAUGAGAGGGAAGGCUCCUACAUGCAUACUCACAAACCAGUGCCCGACAAUGGCUUUGGCGACCCCAGAUGUUUCUGGGAACACAGUACACAAGCUAUGCUGCUGGCACAUUAUGAAGAAGUACAGGGAACUCCUCGCAUACAUGUACAACCUCCACGAAACCUUUAAGGAUGAAUUCACAACAAUCCUCAACUGGCCCCUCAUGCCAACUAAGUUUGAGGCUGCCUGGAAAGCACUCAUGGAUAAGUACAACCUCCAUGAUGAUGCCACGAUGGUGUCAAUGUGGAACGAGCGGGAGAGAUGGAUAUUAGCUUACUUCAAAGAAAUUUUUUGUGCUAGAAUGACAUCCACACAACACAGUGAGAGCAUGAACUAUGUGCUCAAUAAGAACUACCUGCACCGGUUUGUCAGCCAGGUAAACACCUGCGUCAAAUCCAAGAGGCAGAAAGAGAACAAGGAGACAAUGGGUAACUGGAAACAACAAAACACACUGACCCUCUAUGGAUUCGACACUCAGAUGGCAAAGAUUUACUCACGAGGUGUGUACAGCGAGAUCAGAAAGAGGCUAAAACUGAGCAUCCUCUUCACGGUGACGGAGACGGAUGAGCCUAGAAAGUACCUUGUACGCUACAACAAACCACAAAAACAGUUUGCAUGGUCUCAACACGCGCUCUAG